AUGCCCGCCGAAUGGGAGCUUAUCAGGGACGAAUGCCAGGCGCGACGUCGAGAUGCCAUUCCCUCUACUCUAUUGCUUUCUGAAGGAUCGAUCAAAGCCCUUCCCAAAGAUCGCUCGACGGUGGUGGACCACAGUGGUCAUUUUACAGAUGCUGAGAUUUCCAUCAUCAACACCCCGGCACGCGAGAUUGUGGCAAAGAUCAAAGCGUAUGAGUGGAGUGCUGAAAUGGUCACGAGAGCUUUCUGUAAGUCCGCGGCGGUAGCACAACAGCUGACAAACUGCCUGACGGAGGUCUUCUUCGACGAUGCCAUACAGCGCGCCAAGUUUCUCGACGAGUACCAGCGCGAAAACAAUAAGACCAUCGGACCUUUACAUGGACUGCCAAUUUCUUUGAAGGAUAGUUUCUUCCUGGCUCCCUUCCCAUCUUCCAUCGCCGUCGCCGCCUUCGCGCGGAAGCCGGUUCGCUCCACUGCGCCCUUGGCUGAAGUAAUGCAAGACCUUGGAGCGGUCUUCUACGUCAAGACCAAUGUUCCUGUCGGGAUGAUGGGCUGCGAGACUAUCAAUAAUGUCUGGGGCGAGGCGACUAACCCGUGGGGAUUCACCCCGGGGGGAAGCUCGGGCGGGGAAGGUGCAUUAGUGUCCAUGAAAGGAUCACCCCUAGGGAUUGGAACCGACCUCGGAGGGAGUGUCCGUCUCCCAGCCGGCUGGUGCGGUCUGUAUGGCUUUAAGGCGAGCGCAUUGAGAAUGUCAAUGAGGGGCCAUCGGUCACCACUUGAGGGCGUGGACCUGAUCAAAGGAACUUGUGGUCCGCUCGCGCGUUGCUUCGACACCGUGGAAUUCUGGCUCGAGCUCAUCACCUCCGAGCCUCGCCUGUGGGAGCUCGACAACGAUGUUGUGCCAAUGCCAUGGCACUCUCAGGACGACCGCUAUAAGAAUAGGAAGUUGAGGAUCGGAGUGAUAAAGGAGACUGAUGGAUUGGUCACAGUCCACCCGCCUAUUGCUCGAGCUCUAGAUCUGGUGAUAGUGGCCCUGGAAGCCGAGGGCCAUGAGGUAUUCGACUGGAAGCCGAGAGGUCAUAAAGAAAUGUCGGAUCUGAUGCUCAAAAACACAUUUAGUCAUGGCCAACCAGUAAUUGAGAUGGUUACCGAAACCGGAGAGCCCCUGCUACCAACAUUAGCCGGGUUCAAAGCAGCGUACGAAGGAAGUGGCGAGCUCUUCACAGCCGAAACCCAACGAGUCAUGUCGGCAACCCGUGACCGCUUGCGCAACGAGUACUUCGAUGCCUGGGCCGCAACGGCGACCGAGUUGAGGCCGGAGAUGGACGCUAUCUUGACACCACUGUCCCCGUGGGUGAUGCCACCGCUCAAGGCAUUGGAUAGGGCACUUAACCUCAGUUUCACCAAUUUUGCAAACAUGCUUGACGCCCCGGCUUGUGUUCUACCGGUAACCUUUGUCGACAAGAAUGUGGACAAGAAACGAACAAGUUUUAAUCCACUUAACGACAUGGAUGCAACGAUUCAGGCCGAUUAUGAGCCAGAGCUUUAUGACGGAGUCCCGGUCUGCAUUCAAAUUGUUGGGAAAAGACUGCAAGAAGAACAACUGGUGGCGGUGGCGAAGAAGAUCGACCUCUUGAUGACCAAGGAGAAACGAUGA